UGCAUGGCAUCAGCUUCCCUUCCUCUUUUCCAGGGGCCCAUUAGUGGAGCGAAGUCUGAGCUCUAAACUCCCUGCCAGAGGGCUGCGCAGCCUUCUGGCCUCCUGACCUAGACACGGACCAGGGGGUGGGAAGGAGGAGCAAGGCGGGCAGCAGGACCCCGGGCUGCGCCUCCCUUCAGUCUCAGUGGCUGUGGCCACCCGCCAAGAGUUAGAUGCUUUCAUGAUCCGGAAAUGAUGAGAAAAGAAAGAAAGAAAGAAAAGUGUUUCUGAAGUGUGGUGGGAGGGCAGGGGAGGGAAGGGGAGGGGAGGAAGAGAGAAGGAGAGGCACAGGGCGAAAGGUCCCCAGCGGUGGGUGCUCCAGGGCGCGGGGAAGGGGCGGGGUGCGCCGAGCCAGCGCAGCAGAGUCUGGGCAGAGACGUAGCCAGGGGAGCAGCAACAAGCAACAGCAGCGGCGGCGGCAGCCAAGGCCAAGGCCAAGGCCAAGGCAACGGCUCCGGCCACGGCCACGGGACGGGAGAUGCUGUGGCUCUCGGAGGCUCGCUAACUUCCCAGUGCAGGAAAGAGGAGGAAGAGUGCGCUGGGCUAGCAGACGGCGAUGCCGAGGGUCUGCUGUUAGUUGGGUCCGAGUUGUGUAGGCUCUAUAUUUCUUGGUGAGAGGGCUGGCAGAUGUCCCAAGUGGGAGAACCUCUUCCUCCUGGGCCUGAAGGGCCAAAACAUGGAGCUGAGUCUGAAAGCAGCUUUUUGAUCUCACUCCCUGGGGAAAAAUGUGACCAAGACAAUACAGAAAGAGUUACACCACCCACCAAUAGUCUUUUUAUGCAUGGAGAAAUACAAGACCAAUCUAUCUGGGGAAAUCGUUCAGAUGGAGAUCUCAUCAGAACACAACCUCAACGCUUGCCUGAGCCCCAAACUUCAGCCCAGGAGCAAAGUGAGGAAGAAACGGGGAAGAUAAAGAAUGGUCAUACAAAUCUGAGAAAUGGAAAUGGAAUCCACAAUGGGGUUAGACAUGUAUCUAUAGAUAACAGAAAACUUUCUGGACCCGUUUCACAAAAAAUGCAUAAAAAACUUCAGUCCAGCUUGUCUGUGAGCAGCGAUAUGAGCAAGAAGAGCAAAGUCAGUGCUGUGUUUUCUCAAAAACCAGGCUCAUCACCUGAAGAUUGCUGUGUUCACUGUAUCCUGGCCUGCUUGUUCUGUGAGUUCCUGACCCUCUGCAAUAUCGUAUUAGGACAAGCAUCAUGUGGCAUCUGUACGUCGGAGGCCUGCUGCUGUUGCUGUGGUGAUGAAGUAGGAGAUGACUGUAACUGCCCUUGUGACAUGGAUUGUGGCAUAAUGGAUGCCUGUUGUGAAUCAUCAGACUGUUUAGAAAUCUGUAUGGAAUGCUGUGGAAUUUGUUUCCCAUCAUAAAUAUUUAUCCCUUAUUUUAUUUUGUUCAAAACUGGAGUUUCUGGUUUGUUUGUUUUUUGAUUCUCCUAAGUGAGCAAAAAAUGCAUCACAAGAUUCUCAUGAAACAACCCAGCAUUUGCACUGUUACUCCCUCUUUUGAAAGAA